ACACUCAAAAUGGCGACACGGUAGAAAAGUUCAUGCUGUUUUGUCUGUUUUUUAUUCCCCCUUAUCUUUUCCAUGUAGUCGUUUUAAUAAUAAUACCAAGUCACUGCUAUCUGACAUAAGGAAAUAAAGUGUUUUUUUGUGUUUUUUUGACAACGCGAGAAUUGAAUGUUAUCGAAGUUACAAACUGUUAUUAUUCCACACAUUUUAUGAUCACAGGAGGCCCACUCGCUAUGCUAUUUGUUUUUAUUUUUUACUUUGGGUUGGAAAUGUCAAAGAUUAUCAGUGUGUCUCUAAGAGAGUUGUCAUGAAGAGGAUCAACACUUAGAAAUGGAAGAGGAUGUGAAGAAAGUGAAAAAGCCGGGUAUCGUGUCUCCCUUCAAGCGUGUGUUUCUGAAGGGAGAAAAGGGUAGAGAUAAAAAGGCUCAGGAGAAGACUACAGAACGCCGUGCCCUCCACACCUUCUCCCUCUCCCUCCCCGACCACCGCAUCGACCCUGACAUCCUGCUCACCGACUACGUAGAGAAGGAAGUCAAGUACUUGGGCCAGCUGACGUCAGUACCAGGAUACCUGAACCCCUCCAGUCGAACAGAGGUGCUACAGCUCAUUGACAAUGCCAGGAAGUCCCACCAGUUGGCGGGCUUGCCUGAGCAGGAUGCAGUGGUCAGUCUGUCGGCCUAUAAUGUGAAGCUGGUGUGGCGGGAUGGAGAGGAUAUCAUACUGCGUGUUCCCAUCCACGACAUCGCUGCCGUGGCAUACAUACGAGACGACUCACUGCACCUGGUGGUGCUCAAGACAGCCCAGGAGGCAGGUGUGUCCCCGUGUCCCAGUACCUGUCCCGACCUGUCGAAGUCCCAGACCCUCAGCUCUCUGUCUGAGAGUGGGGCUGUACUGGUAGAGGUCUGCUGUCUGCUAGUACUGGCUGUAGACAACAAGACAGCAGCAGAGGAGCUGUGUCUCCUUCUCAGCCAGGUGUUUCAGAUAGUUUAUACGGAGUCCACUAUAGACUUCCUGGACAGAGCCAUCUUUGACGGAGCCACCACCCCCACCAGACACCUCUCUCUCUACAGUGACGACUCUUCAAGCAAGGUGGACCUUAAGCAUUCGAAGCAGUGGGCGGUGGUUCUCAGGGGUGGUUUCGGUGGUUCUCAGGCCGGUGGUUCUCAGGGCGGUGGUUCUCAGGGCGGUGGUUCUCAGGCCGGUGGUUCUCAGGCGGUGGUUCUCAGGCGGUGGUUUUCAGGCGGUGGUUCUCAGGGCGGUGGUUUCUCAGGGCGGUGGUUCUCAGGACGGUGGUUAGGUGGUUCUCAGGCGGUGGUUCUCAGGGCGGUGGUUAGGUGGUUCUCAGGGCGGUGGUUAGGUGGUUCUCAGGCGGUGGUUAGGUGGUUCUCAGGCGGUGGUUCUCAGGCGGUGGUUCUCAGGGCGGUGGUUAGGUUCUCAGCCGGUGGUGGUUCUCAGGAUGGUGGUUCUCAGGGCGGUGGUUCUCAGGCGGUGGUUCUCAGGGCGGCGGUGGUUCUCAGGACGGUGGUUAGGUGGUUCUCAGGCGGUGGUUCUCAGGGCGGUGGUGGUUCUCAGGCGGUGGUUCUCAGGGCGGUGGUUUCUCAGGCGGUGGUUCUCAGGGCGGUGGCGGUGGUUCUCAGGACGGUGGUUCUCAGGACGGUGGUUCUCAGGGCGGUGGUUCUCAGGGCAGUGGUUCUCAGGCGUGGUUCUCAGGCUGUGGGUUCUCUCGAGGCACGGGGCGACUCUCCGUCCCCCACCUCCACCCCAGCCUCCCUCAGACCAAACAGCCAAAGGAGAGCUGAUGCACCACCGCCACAGAGCUGCAUGCCCGACUACAUGACCACGUUGCGUACCAAGUUGUCGUCUCAGGAGAUCCAGCAGUUUGCUACUCUUCUUCAUGAGUACCGUAACGGAGCGUCCGUCCAUGAGUUCUGUAUCAACCUUCGCCAGCUCUACGGGGACAGCAGGAAGUUCCUCCUACUGGGUCUGAGGCCGUUCAUCCCAGAGAAGGACAGCCAACACUUUGAGAACUUCCUGGAGACCAUCGGUGUCAAGGACGGUCGUGGCAUCAUCACUGACAGCUUCGGGCGCUACCGACGCACCGCCAGCUCCGCCUCCGACUCAACCACCAAUGGGAACGGGGCGGUGGGAGGGGACGGGGGUGGGUCUGACGAAGGGCUUGUGCCCUCCGAAGGAGACGAAUGGGACCGCAUGAUCUCUGAUAUCAGUAAUGAUAUAGAGGCUCUGGGCGUCAGUAUGGACCAAGAGGGGUCACACCCUAGCCUCUAACCCCUACCAUCGAGACUGUGCUGCAGUAUGGACCAAGAGGUGUCACACCCUAGCCUCUAACCCCUACCAUCGAGACUGUGCUGCAGUAUUUACCAAGAGGGGUCACACCCUAGACCCUAAACCCUUCUCCCUAUGCCCUAGCUCAUACCCCCUACUCCCAACCAUCGAGACUGUGCUGCAGUAUGUACCAAGAGGGGUCACACCCUAGACCCUAAACCCUU